UCUUCAUGUGUUUCCUCGAACCAAAACUAUUCCGAAUAUGGGCCACUUUGUGAUGAAGUUAGAAACGUAUUUGCGGAUACAUAAAAUACCGUUCCAGCUUGAUUUUAAUUACAAAGGCGGACCGAAGAAUAAAACACCAUGGAUAGAAUAUAACGGUAUUACAAUGGGAGACUCUCAGUUAAUAAUUGAGUACUUUAACAAGGAAUUCAACUUUGAUAUGAACAGUCAUCUUAGCAAACAAGAACGGGCUGUUGCAUGGGCGAUACAGAAAUGGUUGGAAGAAUACACGUACUGGCUAAAUGUCUACAGUCGCUGGGUAAUUUUUGGCGAUGAAAUGUUACGGAAAUUCCUAAAAGUGCCAGGUCCAGUGGCAGCUUUGCUCAAAAUUACUAUGCGGCCUGGAAUAAUUAAAACAUCUUACACUGUAGGAAUUGGUCGCCAUAGUGACGAGGAAGUACAUCAGUUGAUGCGAAAUGAUCUAAAAAAAAAGUUCUCAGAUUUGUUAGGCGAUAAGAAGUACAUCAUGGGCGAUAAGAUAACGGAAACAGACUGUGCAGCCUUUGGUAUUUUGUCUCAGAUCCGCUGGUGUACUCCGGAGUCUUGUCCUGGACGUCAACUCCUGACAAGUGAUGAACUUAAAAACGUGGCACACUACUUGGACAGAAUCAAAGACACCUACUGGAUGGACUGGGAGGAAAUUCUUGCUGCUGUGAAAAAGUAACUUGCUCUGUUUGAAGCUUUCACCAGAAAUAUUAUGUCAAAAGAUUAAAAUAUCUGCUUCUACGCAAUGUGUUUCUAUGUGUUCGACACUAACAAUGCCAUUAAUUUGAAUUUGUGUCCAAUAUAGUCAGGGUUCUUUUUGAUAGGGAACAGAACAGAACAGAAUUUGUGUUUUAUUGACAGUAAAUUGAAGAUAAUUGCUGAUUUUCAUUAGGUUGUAUAUUGUACAUUUAUGAGGUUGCUAUAAAAGCCAUAUUGCACAGUAAAACACUAAAUAAUCAGGUACACAUAACUAAUAUUGUGUUAUUGUCCCCCGCCUUUUCGAAGAAAAAAGGGGGAUAUAGAAAUAGGCUCCGUCCGUCUGUCCGUCCGUCUGUCCGUCCGUCCGUCACACUUUCGUGUCCGGUCCAUAACUUUGUCAUUUAUGAAAGGAAUUUGAAAUAACUUGGCACAAAUGUUUAUUAUAAUAAGACGAUGUGUCAUGCGCAACAACCAGACCCCUACCUCCAGGGUCAAGGUCGCACUUGCUCAUUCAAGGUCAACAUUGCCUAUUUGAGGGUAUAUGUCGUGUCCGGUCCAUAACUUUCUUAUCUAUGAAGGGAUUUUGUAAAUACUUGCCAUAAUUGUUCACAAUAAUCAGACGAUGUGUCAUGCGCAAAAACCAGUCACCUACCUUCAAUGUCAAGGUCACACUUGGAGGUCAAAUAUUAACAUAGUCUGUUACAGGAUAUAUUUCGUGUCCGGUCCAUAACUUUGUCAUUUAUCAAAGGAAUUUGAAAUAACUUGGCACAAAUGUUUGUUAUAAUAAGAGGAUGUGUCAUGCGCAACAACCAGAUCCGUACCUUCAGGGUCAAGGUCGUACUUGCUCAUUCAAGGUUAACAUUGUCUAUUUGAGGGUAUAUGUCGUGUCCGGUCCAUAACUUUCUUAUCUAUGAAAGGGAUUUUGUAAAAACUUGCCAUAAUUGUUCACAAUAAUCAGACGAUGUGUCAUGCGCAAAAAACGGUCACCUACCUCCAAGGUCAAGGUCACACUUGGAGGUCAAAUACUUACAUAGUCUGUUACAGGGUAUAUUUUGUGUCCGGUCCAUAACUUUUUCAUAGAUCCAAGGAUUUUGAAAAUACUAUGCACAAAAAGUCACUAUAAUAAGAGGAUGUGUCAUGCGCAACACCUGCAUCCCUACCUCCAAGGUCAAGGUCACACUUAGGGGUCAAAAAUUAACAUAGUCUGUUAUAGGGUAUAUUUGUGUCAAAUCUAGAACUUCUUCAUAGUUCAAGGGAUUUUAAAAUAACUUGGCACAAAUAGUCACCAUAAUAAGACAAUAUUGUAAGGUACAACACCUGCACCCCUACAUCCAAGGUCGAGGUCACACUUAGAGGUCAAAUGUUAACAGAGUCUGUUAUUUGGUAUAUUUUUUUUGUCCCGUCCAUUACUUCUUCAUAGAUUAAGGGAUUUUGAAAAUACUUGGGACAAAUAGUCACAAUGAUUAGAUGAUAUGUCAUGCGUAACAUCUGUGUCCCUACCUCCAAGGUCAAGGUCACACUUAGAGAUCAAAGAUUUACAUAGUCUGUUAUUAUAAGGGUAUAUUUUGUGUCCAAUCUAUAACUUCUUCAUAGUUCAAGGGAUUUUGAAAAUACUUGGCACAAAUAGUCUCAAUAAUAAGACGUUAUGUCAUGCACAACACCUGCUCCCCUACCUCCAAGGUCAAGGUCACACUAAGAGGUCAAAUCUUAACAUGAGAGAUUUUUAAAUUCCGUGUUUCAUUUUAUUUUUUUAACAAAUUUAUUGUUACAUUUGCAGAUCUAGCAUUGAUCAUAAUUUUGGAGUAAAUGUCCUGAGAUCCAUUAUAACCUCAAUCUUUUGAAAUAGCACAAUUUUAUGCUUCAUAUAAAAUUUCCCGAGGCGGGGGACGUUGGUAACUCUGUUACAAAUUCUUGUUAUUAUUAAAUACUAUUAUAUUAAUUUUGAUGCACAAUAUCUUUUGUGACAAUGUGUUGUUAUUUUUAUCCCCCGCCGAUUGAAUCGGGAGGGGGAUAUAGUUUUGGCGUUGUCCGUCCGUCCUUCCGUCCGUCCGUUCGUCCUUCUGUCCGUCAGAAUUUCGUUUCCGGAGUAGUUCUCUGCAACUACUUGCUGGAAUUCAACGAAACUUUAUGGGAAUCAUCAAUAUCAAGAGGAGAUGCGCAUCUGACCGUCCGUCCGUCCGUUUGUCCGUCCGUCCGUCCGAAUUUCGUUUCCGGAGUAGUUCUCUGCAACUACUGGCUGGAAUUCAACGAAACUUCAUGGGAAUCAUCAAUAUCAAGAAGAGAUGCGCAUAUCGUCGGCUUGUUCCGGUCAGACACUUUAACUCAGAGUUAUGGCCCUUGAUUAGUUAUGAAGUAUGCAUAUGGAGUAAAAAUCGUUUCCGCGCUACUUCUCUGCAACUACUGGCUGGAAUUCAACGAAAUUUCAUGGGAACCUUCAAUACUAAGAGGAGAUGCGCAUAUCGUCGGCUUGUUCGGGUCAGACACUUUAACUCAGAGUAAUGGCCCUUGAUUAGUUAUGCAAUAUGCAUAUGGAGUAAAAAUCGUUUCCGGUGUAGUUCUCUGCAACUACUGGCUGGAAUUCAACGAAACUUUAUGGGAAUCAUCAAUAUCAAGAGGAGAUGGGCAUAUCGUCGGCUUGUUCCGGUCAGACACAUUAACUCAGAGUUAUGGCCCUUGAUUAGUUAUGUAGUAUGCAUAUAGAGUAAAAAUCGUUUCCGCACUACUUCUCUGCAACUACUGGCUGGAAUUCAACGAAACUUUAUGGGAACCUUCAAUACCAAGAGGAGAUGCGCAUAUCGUUGGCUUGUUCCGGUCAGACACUUUAACUCAGAGUUAUGGCCCUUGAUUAGUUAUGCAGUAUCCAUAUAGAAAAAUAUUUGUUUCCUCGCUACUUCUCUGCUACUACUGGCUGGAAUUCAAUGAAACUUUAUGGGAUACUAAGAGGAGAUAUGCAUAUAGUCGCCUUGUUCCAGUCAGAUACUUAUAACUCAGAUUUAUGGCCCUUGAUUAGUUAUGUUGUAUGCAUACAUCUCAUUGGCAUUUCCAGAUUUUUCUAUUUAACACAAAGUUAUGUCCCUGUUAUUGCCCUGAAUAUUUAUCAAGUUCAAAGAAUAUUACUGUUUAUGCAAUGAUUAAUAUAUAAAUAAAGCCUUAUGUCUUCAGUUGUUGUGUUAAUAAUAACCAGUACUCGGCGGGGAUAUAAAUUCAACGAAUUUGCUUGUUGUAUAUGGUUUAUAAAAAUAGAUAAUCUU